AUGUCGGCGAGGCCCCAAUUGGAAGCAAGGUCGCUGUCGACCAUCAACUCGCUGGCGGCAAACCCGCCGCAGUACCCCUACCACCCGGAGGUGCGGGAGUCGCUUACUCUGUACAUCUCGCGAGUGCCGGGCACACAAGACAUCAUUCUCUCCACGUUCAGGCCACAUAAAAAGACUGUGACUGGAGAGGAUAUCACAAACUCACUUUAUUAUGUCCAUCUCAACUCACCCGAGGAUGGAUUGUUGGGCGUCCAGCGGUCGGAGGAUACCGUACCGCUUCGAUCCAGCAGCGAGACCACCAGAAGCACAAUCCCACGGAAGCCACUGCCCUCAUCAGUCCAAAUCCCGAAGCCGGAGAGUACCACAGUAGGUGUGGAGACUCCAGCACGCCAGACAACGCCCCCCGAGGUUACGCCUCAGCCCAUCAGCACCGAGGACUUUGCGACAGCCCCUCCUUCUCAGUCGCAGCAGCAGAUCGAAGGCACCGUGGCGGGCUAUCGGGAGAACCCCAUGUUCCGAAAACGGCCGACGCCGUCGGCUGCGCCGAUACAGCGAAAGACGUUGACUCCGGGGCUGCGAGAAACACCUAUCCCUCCCCUGCAUGGGGCACAGGAACGUCCUGUGACACCAACGAAGGGCCUGACGUUGGCCAACUCCCUUGCCGGCCAGGGGAUGCAUCUCACCACCCCAAACUCACCAUUAAACCCUGGCAGGGCGCCGUCCCCGGGGAAGGUCGGACGCCGUCCGUUGUCAUCCGUAUCAUUCUCGCUAACCCUCAUCCGCCGCGACCCAACAUCCGGAACACAGUGCAACGUCGGCAAGGUGUCGGCCUUUCAGACAAAUGUGCCCACACCCGACAAUGCCGAUCCCAGCCUCGGCCCUGACAACUUGGGGGAUCUAGCGGCGCAUACACAGCAGAUGAUCGAUAUUCACCUGGAGACAUCAGGCUAUGCAAAGUAUCGGGACCUGCCUAGUCGAGCGGAGGUGGAAACCCUGAGACCGACCUCUGCACAUUCGUUCUCGCAACAGAUGGCGCGCAACCCCGGAGGAGGGCCAGCCAUGGGUGCAGACACCGCCGCGGCGUUCCUCAAUCCCGCCUGGAAACCAACCCAGGACGGGUUCUCCCGCCAAGUCGUGAUGGCGUACGGCCAAAGCUGGAAGGCAAAUUUCAAGAAGGCCUUUCAGCGUAAGGAUCGGCCCGGGAGUCCGGUUAAUCUGUCCCCCGAGGAUGCAUCGCGAAGGCCUUUACACUCGCGACAGGGCAGUGCUUCCACCAUCGCCUCGAUCGACUCAGUCGACGGGAGGCAAUCCCCGGUCCUCAUCACGCGUCCCGGGCCAGGCCUGAGACCAAAAGGCUACUUCUUCCUGAGCCCGUGGAAUGGCAGAUGUGAGUUCCGGACAAGCACGGACGGCCGAAGUCUGAAAUGCCGCCACAUACUGGACCCGGCGAGCGUGAGGCUUGACCCACGCGAGGUGGCACAAAGCCUUCAUAAUGCGCAGGGGCUGGGCAGGUCGCGCGGAGAUGAGCUCUCGUCGGCUCUUGCGGGGGCAAAGCCCGUCAGCGAGCUCCGCUUCAACCUGCCGACCACGAGGCCAAAAGGCAAAACAGGUGACCGCAACAGCAAAUCAGGCGACCAGUUGUCAGCGAAGUUCAGCAAGCUCUUGCACCAUCGGUCGCGGCACAGCGAUGACGAGUCGGAAGACGACGACGAGUACGACGACUACGGUGAGUUGGACGACCAGGGGAACCUAGAUCUGAGUCUGGGGAAGGAGCAUGCGGGAGGCGGAAACGGGGGGAAGAGAGCAAAGUUGGGUAAGCUCAUCAUCCACGACGAAGGACUGAAGAUGCUGGAUUUGGUUCGUCGCGCUCAUCGUCGCGGGAGCUCGGAAAACCGCGCGAGAACAAAACGCAUUUUCAACCUUCCAACUUCGAUAUCCAGCAUAAUGCUACACAGCACGGCCGUCUCGAUGGCCGCGCGCCGGAUCCCCUUCGGCGCCGGCGCCCCGUCCGUUCUGCUCCGCACAACCCCUUCUUCCACGCAAGCGCUCGUGAUGGCCGCAAGGAGAGGCUACGCAACGCCAGCAGGCCCGCCGCCCAAGAACUUCCGGCUGCGGCCACCGACCGAGUGGGACCAGGAGAAGGAGAGCACGUUCGACAAGGUCGGCAAAUUCUUCCUCAUGACCGAGAUGCUGCGCGGCAUGUACGUGCUGCUGGAGCAGUUCUUCCGGCCGCCGUACACGAUUUAUUAUCCGUUUGAGAAGGGUCCAAUUUCCCCGCGCUUUCGUGGAGAGCACGCCCUGCGCCGGUACCCCUCGGGCGAGGAACGGUGCAUCGCGUGCAAGCUGUGCGAGGCAGUGUGCCCCGCCCAGGCCAUCACCAUCGAGGCUGAGGAGCGCGCCGAUGGUUCCAGGCGGACAACGCGCUACGAUAUCGACAUGACCAAGUGCAUCUACUGCGGCUUCUGCCAGGAGUCAUGUCCUGUUGAUGCCAUCGUCGAGUCCCCGAAUGCCGAAUAUGCUACCGAGACCCGUGAGGAGUUGCUGUACAACAAGGAGAAACUCUUGGCCAACGGAGACAAGUGGGAACCCGAGCUUGCUGCUGUCAUCAGGGCCGAUGCUCCUUACCGAUAA